CGCCGCUGCCGUCGUCGGAGGAGCCACCGGCAGCCCCGAGCGAGAGCGCAGCGAGGGGGCCGACCGCUGGUUCUACACAGACCCGCAGGGGCAGGUGCAAGGCCCGUUCACGGCGGCCGAGAUGCUCGAGUGGUACCGGUCCGGCUACUUCCGGCCGGACCUUCUGGUGCGCCGCGGCUGCGACGAGCAAUUCAGCCAGCUGGGCGAACUGGAGGCGCUCUGGGGCCGCGUGCCGUUCGCGCCCGGUCUCGCGGCGCCGCCCGUGCUGAAGCCAAAGGUUCCGGAGCCAGACGGCGGCAUUGCAGCGGCGUUCCAGCAGCAACAGCUCUUGCUGGCGCAGCAGCAGCACCAGUUCAUCCAGCAGCAGCAGAUGCGGCAGCAGGUGAUGGCCUCUGCGCUGAUGAAGCUGCAGCAGUCGGCUGAGUUCCGGGCCCAGCCGCCGGCGCAGCAGCAGCAGAUUCUCUCCCAGUACCUGAUCACGCAGCACCUGACAGAGCCGAUGAUGGCGCCGUCGCCGGACUUCUUCUCCAUGCAGAGCAUGAUAGGCAAGCCGACCGUGACGCUGCCCAGCGUGCCCGGUAUGCCUGGCAUGCCAGGUAUGCCGGGCAUGGGCGUCCCGGGCGGCGGCAUGGCGCCCAGCGCACUCCAGCAGAUGCUGCAACAGAUGCAACAGCAACAGCAACAGCAGCGGCAGCAGGAGCGCGCGCGCGAGGUUCAGGAACGGAAGCUGCUAGAGGAGUCAGCCCGCCAGCGAGACGAGGAGCGGCUGCGGCUGGAGGCCAGCCGCUGGCAGGAGGAGCGGCGCGCCCAGGAGCAGCUCCUGCAGGAGGAACGCCGCCGCCAGGAGCAGCUGGAGCGACUGCGGGAGGAGCAGCGGCAGCGCGAGGAGGAGCAGCGGCAGCGUGAGGAGGAGCAGCGACAGCGCGAGGAGGAGGAGCGACGGCGUGAAGAGGAGCGGCAGCGGGAGGAGGAGCGACAGCGGGAAGAGCAGCGGCUGCUGGAGGAGAAGCGGCAGCAGGAGGAACAGCGGAUACGCGAGGAGGAGGAGAAGAAGAGGGUGGAGGAGGCGCUCAGGGAGGAAAAGGAGAGGCGGAAGCAGGAGAAGAAGAGGGAAGAGCAGAGGAAGAGGGAGGAGCGUCAGGCGCAGGAGGAGGCGCUACGACGAGGAGGAGGAGCGGGAGAGCCGGCGCCCGACGACAACAUCAAGUCUCUGGCCGAGAUUCAGGCGGAGCAGCAGCGCGAGCUGGCCAAGGUCUGA